GUCAAAAAAACUUAGAGCAAAAAAUUGCUACUGAAAAAAACAAAAAAGAAAAGAUUAAAUUAGAAAUUUAUCACACUUUUUUUCUUAAUAAUGAAUUUGACAAAAAACAAGGAACUAUUAAAGAAAAAACUUGUGAAAAAGAACCAAACGCCCUGGCUUGUGGUCCUAAUGAGAUUAAAUAA